AUGAAUGAAAAAAUAAUAUUACGUAGAAUUCAUUUGGGUAUGAAUAAAAAAAUAACAAAUAAUGAAUUGAAUAAAUUAAUGAAGAAAUUAAUAAUAGAAGAGAAAUAUUUAUCAGAAGGUUUAAUUUUAGAUAUAGAAAAUGGUUUUAUAAUAAUUAUUAAAUGUGAUCCUAUUUCUGGUUAUCUCACACAUGAUACUAUUAUAUAUCUUGAAUCUACUAUACAACCAUUACAACGUAUACAUUUCUUAUUCAAUCAUACUAAUAUUUUCCAACAAUUCAUUCAUAAUAAUAAAAAUAAUAUUAAUAAAAAUAAUAUUAAGAAAGAACAAAUGGAUGAAGAAAGUGUGGAUGAAGAAAGUAUGGAAGAAGUGGAUAAAAUAAUAAAUAGAAAUUAUUAUUAUGGACCAUUUUAUAUUACAUCACUUAAAAAUAAUAUUAAUACAUUAAUUAAUCCAAUUAUUAAUCCCUCCAUAACGGUGCUUGGUCCAGCGGCUACAGUUGUACCUGGUACUAGUAAUACUAAUAAUACUACUAAGUAUACUACUGGACCAAGCACCGUAACUAAGGGAAAGGGAGCUAAUGACACUUUUAGUACCAUGGGAAAGGGAGCUAAUUCUACCCUUAUGGAGUGUACUAGUGAGAAAAAUAUUAAUGAAAAUGCUGUUGUAACUAAAACUGGGGAGUCGGGUACUUUUUUGGAUAGUAAGGAUACUACUGGUAAUAAGGAUAUUACUAAGGUCAGUGAGGAUACUACCGUUGGACCAAGCACCGUAACGGAAGAAAAAAUAACGGAAGAAAUAUAUUUUUAUGAAUAUGAUGAAAAUGGUAAUGAAAUAAUAAUAGAAUGUAAUGGAAAAGGUUAUAAAUUUUUUGAAAAAUUAUUUAAUUUAUAUUUAAAAGAAUUAUUAGAAAUUCCAAGAAUUUUCUAUUAUGGUAAUAAACAUAUUAUUGGUCAUUUCAAUUUCAUUAUUUCUUCCAUUAUACCUUUCAAUAAACCUGGUUAUAUUAAUCCAUCUACUGAAAUAUAUUUUGGUAUGGAUCCUUAUGAAUAUUUUGAUGAAGUAAUAGUGAAUCCAUUAAUAGAUACGAUACCAAAGAAUUAUAAUUAUGAUUUAUUGAAAGAUGUGAAAUCAUAUUUCUCAUUAAAUCCUUUUAAAAUCUUUAGAUUAGGUGAUGUCUUUACCUUUUCUGGUGUACAAUUUAGAAUUACACAUGUCUCCAAAAAUAAUACAAUACUACCCAAUUGCCCCAAAUAUGCCAGAAUUAAUCAUCUCACAAAUAUUAUUAUUGGAGAAAUGGUGAAACCAAAAGUAAUGGAUUUAUUACCGAUAGAACAAGUGAAUAUAUUAAGAUUUAGUGCACCAUGUUAUAGAGAAAAAUUACUCUCACAAUUUGCUGAUAAUCUUGAUCCUAUUUCACUUGAUCGUAUUCAAAAUACUAUUAACACUAGUAACAAUAGUAUUAAUAGUAUUAACAGUAUUAACAGUAGUAUUAAUAGUAUUAACAGUAGUAGGAGUAUCAACAGUAUGGAUAGUAUUAGGACUACCACCAGUAGUAUUAGGAGUAAUGUUAAUAUUGAUGGUGGUAGUGUUAGUAGUAAUAUUAAUACUUCCGUUACGGUGUCAGGUACAACAGAAAGUACUACUGAUAGUACAGUUUUACCUGGUACUAAGGAUACUAAGGGUACUAGUAGUAUAGGUACUGUUGGUAAGGGAGCUGAUGCCGUAGGACCAAGCACCGUAACGGACGUAACGGAAGAUAAAUUAUGUAGUGUAUGUUAUGAAAUAAUGUUAAAAAAUGAAAAUAUAAUAAGUUUAAGAUGUGGACAUAUAUUUCAUGAAGAAUGUGUCAACCGUUGGUUAAUUGAUAAAAAUUCUUGUCCAUAUUGUAGAACAUUAAUUAUUAAUUCCAAUCAUCCCAAUGAUUUAAGUAAUUCCAAUGAUUUAAGUAAUUCCAAUGAUUCUAAUGAUACAAGUAAUUCAAAUGAUUCCAAUGAUUUAAAUAAUUCCAAUGAUUCAAGUAAUUCCAGUCAUAUUACUAAUAUUACUAUUGAUCGUUUAUAUUAUACUAUUACACGACGGAUUAUACAUCAUAGUAUUAAUAAUACUGAUGAUGAUAGUACACAGGAUACUAAUAGUACUCAGGAUAGUAUAGAUACUGAUACUGAUACUACAGAGGAUACUACAGAGGAUAUAGAUACUACUACUACUACUACUACUACUGAUACAGAGAAUAAUAGUAUAUUGGAAAUAUUAAAGAAUUUAUCAAAAUUAGUAUUAAAAAGUGAUUUUAAAUUAGAACAAUCAAGAAUCUUUAACGCUUGUCAACAAUAUUUAAUAUUUCUCAACAACAAUAGAUUAAAUAAUAUACAAUAA